GUUUGCAUGUGAUAAUUGCUGUUUAAACCCCCAAUUUUGCCUGAUUUCCCCCAUGUAGUAAGGUCCUAAGGCACACUGGCUCUGUUCAACCAAUAGGGAGUAUUUAAAAUAGUAUAACUUUUCAGUGAUGCCCUUUCCUAAUCUAGGGUCCUGUAGAUGUGUUGGACUACAACUCUCAUUAUCCCCAGUCAUCAUAGCUAAUGCUUAUGCUGGUUGGGAUGAUGGAGCAAGCUACAUCUGGUGAAAUGCCUUUUUCCAUAUACUGUAGUUAUUAAAGCCAGAGGAGACUUGUCCUCGUUUUCAUGUAACCACCCUAAGCUUAACAUGUCUUAAAGAUACUAGUUUGGGAGGCUGUUUUAAGAUCAGAAACAACCAUAUACUUUGUAUGUGUGGUAUACUUGUAUACAAAUAUAAUAUAUUACUGUGUCAUAUCAAUAAGUGAUCACAAAAAAAAUGUUGUGACAUCUUGUGACAACAGAUUUGGUGUAGCAUACAUGUUUGUGGUGUAGAUUUGACCUUUCUAGCCUAUAAAAGAUUUUAUUCAACAACGAAUCUCUUGAUUUGAUCAACGCUACAAGAACCUUUCGUUGUGUGCUUGCUCUGGCUAAUGUAGCAACCCUUUUGGAAUCAAACAGAAUAUACAGUAGCUACCUUUCAGUUAGGUUGUCACAUUUGUUUUGUGUGGUAAUUACCCCACAGUGUGUUAGUGAUGUGUCUCACAGAGUCAGAGUACUUGUUUAAAGGUCUCUGUAAUCUGGGGCAGAGAUCAUAUUGUUUAUUCUAAGAGGAAGACAUUAUAAACUUGGAAAUGGAAGGCCCUGUAGCUUAAUAGGAAAACAUAUGCUUGGCAAUUCUUGGAAAUAAAAUGGAACAAGAAAGGCUUCUAUCUGAUUCCUGGAUUAACAAUUCUUUGUUGCUGAUUAGCUCGGUGAGCAGUUAAUCUCUCUUGGUAUUAAGUGGCUGGUGAAUCUGUGGUAAAAAUUUGUGUUGGCGGACUCUUUGCUUUGCAAUCCUUGUAUAUUAAGAACUGGCUGUACUCUCAUACAUAUGUAGGUGCAUAGAUGGUAGAAAGGUAUUGUAAUCAUGUAAUUGUAUUUACUGAUGAUGCAUACCAAGUCCACUAGCAGAGUCAAAAUUAUCCCACAGAUGCAUGCCUAAAAUCAUUUACUCUUCACGGUAACAGAAGUAGUUCUGUUACUUCAUUGGGCUAAAUCCUCUCUCUUCUAUCAUAAUAAACAUUUGCAACAAGAUUUUAACAGAGUAAAUUAUGUUUUGUAGUGUUGCAGUUUUUAUCUUGAUGUGACUGGUGGCAUAACGUUUUGAUCUAAGAUAGGCUGUUAAAUGCUUGUCGGGAGGAUUCAUUGGGUUGUAGCAACAAAGAUUUUUGUAACUUCCUAAAUCAAGACAAUCUAUUACCCAAAUGUGUAAACCAUAAGCAUAUUCAUGUUGCACUAUAAUGUUUUAGCUAUUGAUUUAUGAAUUUCAGGAACUUACUCUUCUAAAUAUAUGCCUAAAAACCAGCUGUACUGCCCUGUGGCUAAGAAAUACCAAUGGAUUAAGUUCUGGGAUAACUUUUCCAAAACCUGUUGGAGAAGUUUCUUUAAAAUCUUGCUUCCAGUUUCUUCUUUCCACAUAAAUACAAAAGUAGAGGACAUAGUCCAAGAAGUCUUUGAUGUUUACAAGACAAAUCAUCAUGACUCGCAGUUUCUUUUGCAUCGGGACAAACACUUCCAUUAUCUGAAGAGAGGCCUGAGGCAAUUGACAGAUGCCUAUGAGUGUCUGGAUGCUAGCCGGCCAUGGCUAUGCUACUGGAUUCUGCACAGUCUAGAACUGCUUCAGGAACCCAUCCCAGAGUCUGUAGCUUCAGACGUGUGCCAGUUUUUGAGUCGCUGUCAGAGCCCCAAUGGAGGUUUUGGAGGGGGGCCAGGCCAGCACCCACAUCUUGCGCCCACUUACGCAGCUGUCAAUGCUCUUUGCAUUAUUGGCACUGAAGAGGCUUACAGUGUUAUCAACAGGGAGAAACUGCUAGAGUAUCUGUAUUCUUUGAAACAGCCUGAUGGCUCCUUCAUCAUGCACAUAGGGGGAGAAGUUGAUGUCAGGAGUGCCUACUGUGCUGCUUCAGUGGCGUCACUUACCAACGUUAUUACACCAACUCUUUUUGAAAGGACAGCAGAAUGGAUAGCAAGAUGUCAGAACUGGGAGGGUGGAGUUGGUGGUGUCCCUGGCAUGGAGGCCCAUGGAGGAUACACUUUUUGUGGACUGGCAGCACUGGUUAUCUUACAAAGUGAACAUGUAUUGAAUUUGAAAAGUUUGUUGCACUGGGUUACGAGUCGCCAGAUGCGUUUUGAAGGUGGGUUUCAGGGACGCUGUAACAAGCUGGUAGAUGGCUGCUAUUCAUUCUGGCAGGCUGGUUUAUUGCCUCUCCUACAUCGAGCAUUGCACGCCAAAGGUGACCCUGCCCUCAGUAUGACACACUGGAUGUUUGAUCAGCAAGCUCUGCAAGAAUAUAUUCUACUGUGUUGCCAAUGUCCUGCGGGGGGCCUUUUGGACAAACCCGGCAAGUCACGGGAUUUUUACCAUACCUGCUAUUGCCUGAGUGGGCUAUCGAUAGCGCAGCAUUUCGGCAGUGGAGAGCUCCUCCAUGAAAUUGUUCUAGGAGUGCCAGAGAAUCGCCUGCAGCCUACACAUCCUGUCUACAACAUCUCCCCUGACAAAGUAGUACAAGCUGUAAUGCAUUUUCUGAAGAAGCCUGUUGUGUCUCCCAAGGAAGAAAGUGCCGCUAACUGAGAGGGGCUGCUGACUUAGUAGACGUGCAAGCUCAUGUCCUGCCGUUCAGCCCAUGGGGUGCUGGAAGGUUUCUUGGUCAUCGUGAGGCCCAAUCAUGGAGCUAACUUGGGUUUCUUUUUUUCCAAAUUGGACUCAGCCUUUUUAUGUGUGUGUUUCAAGAGAGUUCUGCUAGCCACAUAUAUAUAAAAAAGCUUCUCAGUUUUCUGUACCUACUAGCAGACUGCUUGUAUAGCAAUGGUGGCAGCAGUAUAGGCUUGGACAUGGGGAUUGCUCACUCAUCUGAGAAGCAGGAGCGGUUUGGGGUUUUGAAAAUAGUGCAGCAUGUUAAUAUCCCUUAGUAUCUGACAGACCAGCUCUGUUGUUUCAUUUGCACUAUGCUAAGCAUCUUAGAAGGGCAGCUUCCUAUCCAGCUGCCAGAGCUGGUGUCUUCAUCCUAUCCCCUUACAGGCGAACAUCUGUUUUGUUCAUUCAUAAUCCCUGAGGUAUUCCAAGUACUGCUAGCCAAGAGAUGGGGCGCCAGCUUAUAAAAUGAGGCAUGUGCAGAGUCAACAUGUCUGAAAAGACACACAAAGUGAAGAAUAAUGUGCAUAGCUACAUUAUAGAGUUCUAUCUCAGUAGCUAGAAUGCACCCAAGAGCAUGGUCUGGAACAGCCCUUCGUGUAAAGCUUUGUGCUAAAAAGUCUCUUUCUGCCUUCCAACAAAAUGGAGCAGGUGGCAAAAAACCAAACAAACCCUCUUUUCCUUGCAAAUGGUACUAGUUUGCCCGGGGGUGGGAUUGACAAUUAUGUAAGGAUGAUUGUGCAUUUUAUUAAAACAAUACUAAUUCCGUUCUUA